ACAGAGCAAUAUAAUAUCCAAAUAGGAGAUGGAAAGCCUGGAACGGAGUAACCGAUCGUGGCAUUCCUCCUUCACUUUCCAGUUUCCUCCGACUCGGGACCGGGUCGGAUUCUCUCCCGAGCAGCUCCAUCGCGGUCUUCGCCGUCGCACCUACAUUUUCACCCUCCGGUUGGAGAAGAUUCAUACUCCAAUCACGCCGACGCCAUUGGAGAAGAUUCGUACUCCAAUCUACACAGGAGGUCAAUAUGGAGGGCCAAAACUAUAGCCCACAUAAGCUGGAAAAGGCCAAUUGGGAGUUGGAACUUGUCUGCUUGUCAGCUUGUGUCUGAUUUGGACGACUUUGGCUACCCUUUUCCUUGGCUGUUUUUUCUAUUUAAAGGGAGGUCUUCAUCGGAGCAGUAGCAGCAGGCAGAAGAAGAUGGAGAUGAUGGGAAGCAACCAGCUUGCCAAUGGAGAAGUGAGGUUCUGAAAAUCCUAAAGAGAGUUGAUAACGGUGCCAAAUCCAGAAUGAUGCUUGCAUUUCGUGGCUGCUUUUUCAAACAUAAGAUCAAGAAACAGACCCGGUAUGAAGCCAAUGCUCUUCUGGCUUCACAAACACCAUUCACAAUCAAUGAAAUAGAGGCUUUGUACAAUCUGUUCAAGAAGCUAAGCAGCACCAUAAUUGAUGAUGACCUUAUUCACAAGGAAGAAUUCCUAUUAGCACUUUUCAGAAGUAGGAAUACUAACAACCUUUUUGCUGAGAGGACAUUUCAUCUGUUUGAUAUAAAGCACAAUGGGGUGAUAGAGUUUGGUGAAUUUGUUCGUUCAUUAAGCAUCUUCCAUCCUCGAGCUCCGGUAGCUGACAAAAUUUCAUUUGCAUUCAGGUUAUAUGAUCUUAGAGAAACUGGCUACAUAGAACGAGAUGAGUUGAAGGAGAUGGUACUAGCUAUCCUGAGUGAAUCAGACUUAACACUUUCUGAAGACACCAUCGAGUCCAUGGUCGAUAAGACACUUGCAGAAGCAGAUUUGAAUGGUGAUGGAAAGAUUGAUGAACAGGAAUGGGAGGAACUAGUAGCAAAGCAUCCAUCUCUCAUAAAGAACAUGACAAUUCCAUACCUAAGGGACCUGACUGUUACAUUUCCAAGCUUUGUUGCAGUCAGUGAAGAUGAAGUUGAGGCUUUGUUUGAGCUGUUCAGGAAAUUAAGCAGUUCUUUGGUGGAUGAUGGGCUUAUAAGCAAAGAAGAGUUCCAGCUGGGUUUGUUUGGGAACAGUUGGAAGCAGACCCUCCUUGCUAACAGGCUCUUCCAACUAUUUGAUUCCAAGAGGGAUGGAGCAAUAGACUUUCAGGAGUUCGUGAGAGCUUUGAGUGUCUUCCACCCCAAAGCAGCUCAAACGGAGAAAGCUGCUUUUUCAUUCCAACUCUAUGACAUCUGGGAAACCGGCUUCAUUCAACGCAAAGAGGUCAAGGAACUGUUUUUGGCACUUCUGGAUGAGUCUGACUUGAUUCUCACAGAUGAAACUGUUGAAGCCAUUGUUGAUAAGACAUUCAAUGAGGCGGACUCGAAAGGUGAUGGAAAGAUCGAUGAAGAGGAAUGGGAGCACUUCACAACUCAGUACCCAUCACUACUGCAGAGUGUGACACUUCCAAAUUUAUUGUAA